GAAGUGCCAUGGUGGUCAAGAGAAGCAGAAGUAGCUCCCAGCAGUUGCCUGGCCUGGGAGGACAGGGUGGUUGUACAGGUCUCCUAGGUAUGCUCGGAGCUGCCCUACUGGUCAUCAGCCUGCCAUGGGGAGCCCAAGUGAUGGCCAGUGCCAACCUCAGUACUGCUCUGGGCCACACUGGGCCACUAACAGGUGGUCACUAUCUGAGCAUUGGAGAUGGCUCAGUGACAGAGUUUGAGUUUCCUGAAAAGAGUGAGGGUAUCAUUGUGAUCUCUAGCCAGUACUCAGGACAGGCCAAUGGGACAGGCCCUAGCCCCACACUGAGGGUUAUAUCCCUGGACACAGAGGUACUGACCAUUAAGAAUGUGAGUGCCAUAACCUGGGGCACUGGGGGUGGCUUUGUGGUGAGCAUCCACUCAGGUCUGGCUGGGCUGGCUCCACUCCACCUCCAGCUCAUGGACCUUCAUGAGGCCCCACCCUUGUUGAUUGAAGAACGAAGGGAUUUCUGCAUCAAAGUGUCACCUGCUGAAGACAUCCCUUCUACUCUCAAUCCCAACUUGAGCCACUUCUCAGAGAACCCAAUCCUCUACCUGCUCCUGCCUCUUAUCUUUGUCAAUAAGUGUUCAUUUGGGUGCAAAGUGGAACUUGAAGUUUUGAAGGAGCUCCUACAGAGCCCCCAACCCAUGUUGUUGGGCCUCUUGGGCCAAUUUCUGGUCAUGCCCUUCUAUGCUUUCCUGAUGGCCAAAGUCUUCAUGCUACCCAAGGCCUUGGCUCUGGGCCUCAUCAUUACCUGCUCAUCACCUGGCGGUGGGGGGAGCUACCUCUUCAGUCUCCUCCUUGGAGGAGAUGUCACCCUGGCCAUCUCCAUGACUUUCAUCUCAACAGUAGCUGCCACGGGUUUCUUGCCACUCUCAUCAGCCAUCUACGGCCACCUUCUCAGCAUCCAUGAAACACUCCACGUGCCCAUCUCCAAGAUACUAGGGACCUUGCUGUUCAUUGCCAUCCCCAUAGCAGCAGGUGUGGUGAUCAAAUCUAAGCUCCCCAAGUUCUCAGAGCUGCUGCUACAGGUCAUCAAGCCCUUCAGCUUUGUACUUCUCCUGGGUGGCCUAUUCCUAGCCUACCACAUGGGGGUCUUCAUCUUGGUGGGAGUCAGGUUACCCAUCAUAUUGGUGAGCUUCACAGUGCCCCUGGUUGGCCUCUUGGUGGGCUAUAGCCUGGCCAUGUGCCUGAAGCUGCCAGUGGCCCAGCGGCGGACAGUCAGCAUUGAGGUAGGGGUGCAAAACAGCCUGCUAGCCUUAGCCAUGCUGCAGCUGUCUCUGCGCCGCCUUCAAGCAGACUAUGCCUCUCAGGCCCCCUUCAUUGUGGCACUGAGUGGUACCUCUGAGAUGCUGGCUUUGGUUAUUGGCCAGUUCAUCUACAGCAGCUUGUUUCCUGUUCCCUGAGGACCCUGGAUCAAGUUUUAUAACCCCAGCCCCCAUACUCCGUCCACUGUCCCCACAGUUCUUGUGUACCAAAGGCUUUUAGUUCUCAUGCACUAUGCACUCAAACAAAUCCAGGCUUUUUUCCCCUCCAGCUUUCAGUGCCAAAAAGGCCAUGCUGAGUUAGAAAUAUAUUUCAAUAAAAGACAAAAGCAAGCUUGGGUCCCUUCCAGUGUUUGUCCCUUGGAGCCUAUGGAUGGGGAUAGGAAGAGUGUGUCUGGACUGGUAUGGGCCAGGAUGGUGAACAGGCUUGGUGACCCUGCACAGAGCCCACUCUGUAUAAUGAAUGAGGAGAUAGAGGCUUUCGGAACCUCAGUUAGGAUAUUUUUGCAGCAAGACUAGAAAGAAGUAGAAAGCCAUCGAUCAGGCUAUGAUAGCAGGUAGGAGUAGCCAUUUCUAUAUCUGAGAGACACCACUUUGCACUAAUUGGUAAGAAUUAGUGCAGUCCAGGCCUUGCGUGAAGCUGACAUCCUGGUCCUUCAUUUCAAGCCACAGCUCCCAAGUGAAGCAAGCCUGGCCCCACAGGUUCCUCGCUUCGAUCCCAGUGGGCGGGACGCCCCCACUACCUUGCACCAUAGCCGCUGGAGGUUUACUGUAGGCUGGGGGUGGCGUGAAGGCCCGGAUGCCGGACUGAGGGAUGGCGGGAGCCACGCAGCAGGCGCGCCCCUUUCACAGCUUCCGGCGGCGGCGGGCGGUUCCGGCGCGCGCCCGGGGCGGCGGCGCGCGGCAGAGAAUCUUUGAGGUUUGCAUAGGCCCUAGUGGACGCGGCUGUGGACACCAUGCAGCUGACCGUGAAGGCGCUCCAGGGCCGGGAGUGCAGCCUACAGAUGAGAAACGACUGUCAGAUUACAACAUUGGUCCCAAUUCUAAGCUCAACCUAGUCGUUAAACCUUUGGAGAAGGUGCUACUGGAAGAAGGGUCUACCCACAGACUGGUCGACUCACCUCCCCCACCCCUUUGGCAGCUGAUCUCCAAAGUCCUGGCCCGUCACUUCAGUGUAGCAGAUGCCAGCAGGGUCCUGGAACAACUACAGAAGGAUUAUGACAGGUCCCUGAGUCGCUUAACACUGGAUGACAUCGAACGUUUGGCCAGCCGCUUUCUACACCCUGAAGUAACUGAAGCUAUGGAAAAAGGGUUCUCCAAAUAGCAUUCUGGGAUUGGGGGGGGGGGGAGAAAUCCCAGGUCAGGCCACAGCUGCAUGUUACAUUAAAUGUGUUCUCAUGUCGCAGUUUGGCUCAUAGUGAUAAUAAUAGCUGGUAUGUACCCAGCUCUUGCUAGGUGCUAGGCACUACUCAAAGUACUUGGCCUGAGUUCUCUUCUGCCUCCCACAGGACAGUUGAGACUGCACUGUAGAGACACCUAGCAAUGGCUUGGGACAGCCAGAGUCCAAGUCUAGCCAGCCAUAGAAGUGCCUCUGUAGGAGAAAGAGUGUGCUGUUUUGAGGGAUGGGCCUUACUAUUCCCAUUUAGCCCACUCAGCAUACACCCUCAAAUGACUCCCUCAGGAAGCCACUAGUCCCUGUCACCUGUCCUCUAGUGUGUCUGGCAUAGCCCUUGGCAAAUCUCCAUAGGAAGCCAAGCGGUAGCCAUCCAGGGCCCCUCUGCUGCUGCAGCCAGUGUGCUCUUGAUAAAUGACAAGGUUAGGGGCUAGAGGAUCAGAAAGAUACCCCAGCUCCAUUGUAUGACUUGAGUCAAGUUUCUGUGCCACUUUGGUCCCCAUCCAUUGAGUCUGUUCAAUGAUGGCCACUCCUCUGGCCUAAAUAAGUUUCCUUCCCCCUUUUCCAGCUCAAGGUAGGAGUUUCUGCUAUCAUCUGCAGUUCCACCUUGUGUUCAAUAAGCAAACUGAAGCCGAAAGUGAAGUGGUAGCCAAGCAAGUAUCCUGGGCCUUUAUGACAUAGCUCUUCUCGGGGGCACCCUAUCUGCUUGGCUUCUCCUGGAAGUGGGUCUCAUCCAUGAGGGACAGCAGGUGACUCAACAAAGCAGUGUCACAACUAGGACUCUGCCUUGGUCUCACCCAGCACUCACCCAUAGCGUGAGACGGAUGCUUCCUUUGCCACCUGUGUACAGGGGCUUUUACUUUGCACACCUUCAUUGCUUAAGAAGAAACUCAGGGUGCUAAGGAGGAAAUAGAAAUGUAAGAUGAAGACAGUGGUUCUUCUUUUCACUAUCCCUAUGCCUGGGUGCUAAAGGUCAUGUAAGUACUAGCUCCUUUGAGGAGGACCCCCUGGGAGCAGUUGAGGCUGGAAGAUAGCCACCUGCAGGAUACUAUUCCUGCUCCUCCACUCUUGCCAAGGAAGCCACUCUGAAUGUUGUCAGGGGUACACUUGCCUUUCUUCCCCAAGGGCCAUCUUCAUGGGCCUUAGGCCUUGUGAGACAAAUCUUGAAUUCCCAUAUGGAAUGAUAAACUAAAGUGAGGCCUGAGGGGAUGAGCAGCUGAUAGACCCUGGUCCUCUCUGAGAUCUGGGGUACCACAUCAGGGACCUGCUUGUGAGCACAUAUAUGGGCUGGCAGCUCAGUUAAUAAGCUUACCAAUGUCCUUGUUCACUUUGAGUCAGGGAAUAUAUUUGGAAAAUUAUAUAACACUAAAGGUGCAUGUGAGACUUCACCAAAAUGAACUCUAUUAAUAAGCUAGGCUGCUUUGGGUUUCCAAUAAUUGGUUUAACAACACAGGAAACUUACUGGAUUACAAAACUGAAAAAGCCCAGGAGUACUGACAGUGGAUGAACAAUUUCACCAAAUGUGCAGCUUUUUUCCUGCUUCCCUCUGAAUUCUCCAGAAUCUGCUUCAUCCUCACCACUACUUCCAAGGAUCAAAGAAAGGGUGGCUGCCUGCAGCUUCAUCAAAACCCUUCAUUUGCUGCCAACAAGGAGCACUUUCUUCUGUACCAUACCUUCUAUCUCAGAUGCCCCAGCAAAUAAAUGCUGUCUCUUAUUGGUCA